UUUCCCGGCAGGCCCCGCGGCACGCCGACGCGCGGGGUUUAAAUCAGCGGCGGUUGAGCAGGCCUGGGUUCUGCCGCCGGUCCCGGAGGUGCGGUCAUUCCCGAGGAAGCUGCUGCUGCUGUCCCCGUGCCAUGGACUCCCGCCUCUACCGCCACGUCUGCCCCGGCCGCCUCAUUAACAUCCAACGGAGCAACGGUUUGAUCCACAAAGCGACGGUGAAGACGGUGAACGUGGAUCGGGCCUGCGUGUCCGUGGAGUGGAUGGAAAGCGGCGUCAUGAAGGGCAAGGAGAUUGACUUUGAUGAUGUGAUAACAAUAAAUCCUGAGUUAUCAGAAGAACUACCUGUUGCAGAGGUGAAAGAGAACCUUCCUUUGCAAGAGAAUGUAACUGUACAGAAACAAACACGUAGAACAACCCUUUCAAAAAUUCCUGCUCCACGGGAAGCUGUUCGUGGGCGUUCCAGGAUGUCUGUUAUCACAGAACCUUCAUGCAGCCUCCAGGAAGAAAACGAGAUGGGGGUGGAUCCUUGCAGUUCUACACAAACAAGAAACAAUUUAUCAGUUCCUGCUGGCCGAACCAGGGCUAGCAGGCUGAACUGUGCGCCAGAAGCUUCACUGACAAAUGUAAAUGGCAACAUAGAGGAACAUCUGCCUGCCUCUAGAACGAUCUCUUCACUGAGCCCAGUUCGGAGAAAAUCUAACAUUGUGAAAGAGAUGGAGAAAAUGAAAAACAAAAGAGAAGAAAAAAGGGCUCAAAUUAGUGAAAUCCGGACAAAACGUGCCCAGGAAUGUGACAGCAGCUGUCCCAACUGGGAGUUCGCACGGAUGAUCAAGGAAUUCAGAGCAACUUUACAUUGCCAGCCAAUAUCCAUAACUGAUCCAAUAGAAGAACAUAGAAUUUGUGUCUGUGUGAGGAAGCGCCCUCUCAAUAAACAAGAACUUCUAAAAAAGGAAUGUGAUGUGAUUACUGUUCCGAGCAAGUAUGUCCUGCUGGUGCAUGAGCCAAAGCAGAAAGUGGACCUAACAAAAUACCUUGAAACCCAAGCAUUUAGAUUUGACUUUUCAUUUGAUGAAUCCUCUUCUAAUGAAAUGGUAUACAGGUUCACCGCUAGACCUCUUGUAGAGACCAUCUUUGAGGGUGGGAAAGCAACAUGCUUUGCCUAUGGCCAGACAGGCAGUGGCAAGACACAUACAAUGGGUGGAGACUUCUCUGGGAGAGCACAGAAUGCCUCAAAGGGCAUAUAUGCUUUUGCAUCACAAGAUGUCUUCCUCCUCCUAAACCAGCCCAGGUACAGGGGUCAGGGCCUGGAAGUCUAUGUGACUUUCUUUGAAAUAUACAAUGGAAAGGUGUUUGACCUCCUGAACAAGAAGGCAAAGCUUCGAGUCCUAGAGGAUGGCAAGCAGCAGGUCCAGGUCGUUGGUCUGCAAGAGAGACAAGUUGGCUGUGCUGAGGAUGUCAUCAGGAUGAUUGAGAUGGGCAGUGCCUGCAGGACAUCUGGGCAGACAUUUGCAAACGCAAGCUCUUCACGCUCACAUGCCUGCUUCCAAAUCAUACUCCGCCGAAAAGGGAAACUGCUUGGCAAAUUUUCUUUGGUGGAUCUGGCAGGAAAUGAGAGGGGAGCUGACACAUCCAGUGCUGAUAGGCAGACACGAAUGGAAGGUGCAGAAAUCAAUAAGAGUUUGCUGGCUUUGAAGGAAUGUAUACGUGCUCUAGGGCAGAACAAAUCUCAUACUCCUUUCCGGGAGAGCAAGCUGACCCAGGUGUUAAGAGACUCCUUCAUAGGAACAAACUCAAGGACCUGUAUGAUAGCAAUGAUUUCUCCAGGCAUGGGUUCAUGUGAAUACACCUUAAACACACUGAGAUACGCUGACAGAGUGAAAGAGCUCAGCCCUCAUAAUGGAAGUGGUGAAACACAGAAUCAGAUGGAGACUGAGAACGAGGAAACGGACAGCAGUGGAGAAGACUCAAGUCUCCAACACAGUCUCUCCAAAGGUGAUGAAGAAGAUAUCUCUCCCCACAUGUUUGAAUUUCGUGAGGCUGUAACUCAGAUUCAUGAAUGGGAGGAGAAGAUUGUGGAACAACUUAGAGAACUGAGACAGAGAAUGAUGACUGAACUGGACUACCUCUUGGGAAUCGCAGAGCAGCCAGACUAUGAUCUUGAGACCUUUGUAAGCAGAGCUAAGUACUUUGUAGAUGAGAGUCCAAGAAACUUCCUCAGUGUCGGAGAAACAUUGGAUGCCCUGGGGGCUGCCCUGCAACAGGAGGAGCGAGCCAGCAAGCAGAUGAGGAGGCAGAGACCUUAGUGUGACUACAGCAAAACCUGGUUCACAACAGUCUCCUGUACGUCUUGCACGUUUGUUGGUUGUGUGUGUGUAACUCCUGGUUUAAAUGUGGUAGAGUCCGUGGGUCACGUGCACCUGCAGGCACCAAAGACAGCAGCCUCUCUCUUUAUGUCCUGGUAUCAGGGUGCUCAGCAGAGUGAUAGAUACAUACCCUGCAAGGCCUGGGGAGGAGGGCCUGAGCAUCUGCAAAGAUGUGCCAGGUAUAUGGCCCUCUGCUAGUGACAGCAGUGGUCUCUAGGAGAACUAAAUACACCUGUAUAGUCUUUCUAGUGUACAUAAAACUUUUCCACAUAUGCUUGAAGUACUGUAAAACUGUUGCA